AUAUCGGGCCUGCCUCCCGAGCUGACCAAUGGGAGGCAAGUGUUGGCCAGGUGCGAGGGGCGAGAGGUGGCGCAUGGCGGACGCAGUACUGUUCGAGUUUCUGCACACCGAGAUGGUGGCGGAGCUGUGGGCCCCAGACCCGGACCCUGGCUCGGGGGGAAAGAAGAAGAGCUUGUCAGUCCUGGAGGGCCUGGGCUUCCGCGUGGGGCAGGCUCUGGGUGAGAGGCUGCCCCGGGAGACGCUGGCCGUUAGGGAGGAGCUAGAUGCCCUCAAGUUCCUGUGCAAAGAUCUGUGGGCGGCCAUGUUCCAAAAGCAUAUGGACGGACUCCGCACCAACCACCAGGGGACCUAUGUGCUGCAGGACAACAGCUUCCCCCUCCUCAUCCCCAUGGGCUCGGGGCCACAGUACCUAGAGGAAGCCCCCAAGGUAUUGGGAGAAACAGGAUAUGACCAUCUGCCCACCCCGCUAGGCCUCUCCUGGGGCUGGGGCCUGGCCUCUCCUCUUCCCACACACAGUGUUCUGUCCCCCACCCCCACCCCAGUUCCUGGCCUUCACCUGCGGCCUCCUGUGCGGCGCCCUCCAUACUCUGGGCUUCCAGAGCCUGGUCACUGCCUCCGUGGCGUCCCUGCCCGCCUGUAAGUCACUGGGGGUCGGGUGUUUGCUUCCCUUAAACGUGGUGCAGGCUUUGGGGCAUCCCCAUCUUUGGUCCCUCAUCAGUGCUGGGAAGGGGAACCAGAUUAACAAACUGUGACAUGAAAUUUGAGGCCCAGAAACAGGUAACAGGAACGGAACCACAUACCCAGCUGCGUCCCUGGGUGCUUCUAAGAGAAGAAACUGGCACAGGACCCAGUGGGACAUGUCCUACCCUGGCCAGGUUCCUGAUGCUCGGAACAGUGGACUCACCACCCAUCUGCCAUUAUCUUGACACCCCUCGCCCUGACAGCUGUCACCCCUCUAUGAGGACCUGGGUUCAAUGAGCAGGACAUGUCAGGAGCUCAGGCUAGCCCUCCUGCCUCUGGGCUCCCCUAUGGUCUGGAAUUCGGGCCAGUUGGGUGGGACGGUACCCCUGUGACCCGCUCACUGCCAGGGCCCCCCAGGCUGUUGGUGCAGAGUCGGGUGAGCUGCUAGCCCCCUCACGGGCUUCCUGUCUUGGCCCUUCUGUUCCAGGUAAGUUCCAGGUGGUGAUCCAGAAGUCCUGAGGACCCCAGGUUUGCCCUGCUCUAACCUCAGCCUCAGAAUGUGGCAUCUGGCCCUGCCUCACUGCUCACCUUUGGAGGCACUCACAGGCUCUGGGGAGGUCACAUGUGCUUCCGCCAAGGAAAGGACUAGGAGGGUCCCGGGAGGUGGGACCCAUGAGUUCAGAGUGGGUAUGGAGGGACGUUAGGGCAUCUCCCAGACAUGUUCAAUAAAGAAAGGUUCUUUAUGAGGAAA